AUGAAUAGAAUAAAAUCAUUUAUGCCGCUUUUAUCUUCCGUACGCAAUUUGCAUACGACCAACAAAUCAUUCCUGAAUCUUGUGCCAAUCGUCGUGGAACAGACCGGCAGAGGCGAACGAGCGUAUGAUAUAUUUUCACGCCUACUAAAAGAGCGCAUCAUCUGCCUAAUGGGCCCGAUACAUGACGAUUUGAGUUCGUUGAUAGUAGCGCAGCUUUUAUUUCUACAGUCAGAAAAUGGAACCAAACCGAUCCACAUGUACAUCAAUUCUCCCGGAGGAAGUGUCACUGCUGGGUUGGCUAUUUACGACACGAUGCAGUACGUGAAACCUCCGGUAGCUACAUGGUGCGUAGGCCAAGCAUGUUCGAUGGGCUCGCUGCUGUUGGCCGCUGGAGCUCCUGGAAUGCGCCACUCACUGCCGAAUGCACGCAUCAUGAUUCACCAACCGUCCGGCGGAGCUCAGGGCCAAGCGACUGACAUUCAGAUACAGGCGGAAGAGAUCCUGAAGCUAAAGAAACAGCUGACCGAGAUUUAUGGCAAGCACACGAAGACGGCAGUGGAUGUGCUGUACUCCAAAAUGGAACGUGAUACGUUCCUUAGCCCAGAGGAAGCCCAAACGCUGGGUAUUAUAGAUACGGUGCUGGAGCAUCCCCCAUCGUCGACGGAAGCAACGUCGUAA